CAGAGACCAAACUGCGGGGAUGGACGGUGAAAUAUGGGCGAGAAGAUAAAGUACAGCAGUUGCUAGAGCAGUAUCGAAACUUUGUAUCUCGAAAUCGAAUUUUCCAAGAAUUCAAUAAGGCUUAUAUUGACAUGCAGAAAGUGGUAGAGGAGUACAAGAAAGAAGGCAAUGUUGAUCAUCGUGAAAGCAUAAAUAUUGAUCGUUUUAUGCGAGAAACUGGUGAACGCUGGAAAAAUGUGUCAAUGGAACUACGGUGUGUGCAGAGUAUGUUAGAAGAAGUAGUUUCAUACUGGCGGAGAUGGAACAACUUGGCUGAUGAAUUUGAGUCUUGGCUUGACCGAGCCUACGGAAUGCUUGAUUUGCCAGAAGAAGACAAAAUGGAAUACUUUCAGGAUGUGAGUGUGUGGAAGGACAAAUUCCAACUACUGGGAGACACUGUCAGUUUCCUGAUUGCCACCUGUGAAGAUCAAGUAGCACAUGAACUGAAGGAGAGGUAUCUUAGGAUCUCUGUCCGAUGGGAAGACCUCUUUCAAGUAUGUUAACUGGAUAACUUUUGA